AUGAAUGAGGAGAACCGGAAAAGUAAUGGAUACUCCAAAAAGAUGGAGGAAAGUGGCGGAGAAGGGGAGGAGGAGGAAGAGGGUGGAGGAGAGGAGUAUGAGAGAGGACAGGAUGAGGAGGACGAUUGGGAAGACGGUGGGAAGCCAAGGAUAAAUCGCACAGACACACUCAACUCCAACACCAGCUCUACAGGGACACAGAGGAAGAAGAGCCAGCAUGGCAAGAAGCAGGUGCAGGGCUCCAACCAGGUGCAGCGAGCACCAAGAGCCCUCUUCUGCCUUAAGCUGAAUAACCCCAUCCGCAGGGCUGCACUGUCAAUAGUUGAGUGGAAACCUUUUGAUAUCUUUAUUCUCCUAGCAAUUUUUGCUAACUGUGUGGCUCUGGGAGUAUCCAAACCUUUUCCUGAGGAUGACUCCAAUGCUACUAACCAUGACUUGGAACAAGUGGAGUACAUCUUUCUGAUCAUCUUCACCAUAGAAACCUUCCUAAAGAUUCUGGCCUAUGGUCUGGUUAUGCACCCGAGCUCCUACAUCCGCAACGGCUGGAACCUGUUAGACUUUGUCAUCGUAAUUGUUGGGUUGUUCAGUGUGGUGUUGGAGACCAUGACCCAUAAAUCCGGGGAAACACACCACAUGCCAGGGAAGCCAGGAGGCUUGGAUGUGAAAGCACUCAGAGCUUUCAGAGUGUUACGACCUCUCAGACUUGUCUCAGGAGUGCCCAGUUUGCAGAUUGUGUUGAACUCCAUUAUGAAAGCCAUGGUUCCUUUACUGCACAUAUCUCUUCUUGUCCUAUUUGUCAUAAUCAUCUAUGCAAUAAUUGGGCUGGAGCUCUUCAUCGGCCGUAUGCACAAGACAUGCUACAUUACUGGCACAGAUGAGUUUGCAGAUGAUGACCCGGUACCAUGUGCAUUCACUGGUCAUGGACGUCAGUGUACUGUGAAUGGCUCAGAGUGUAGGGGAAGGUGGGAGGGGCCAAACGGCGGCAUCACAAACUUUGAUAAUUUCUUCUUUGCCAUGCUAACUGUUUUCCAGUGCAUUACGAUGGAGGGCUGGACUGAUGUCCUUUACUGGAUGAAUGAUGCCAUCGGUUUUGAGCUGCCCUGGGUCUACUUUGUAAGCCUGGUCAUCUUUGGAUCCUUUUUUGUCCUCAACCUUGUGUUGGGUGUGUUGAGCGGUGAAUUCUCUAAGGAGCGAGAAAAGGCUAAAGCACGUGGGGAUUUUCAGAAGCUGCGGGAGAAGCAGCAGCUGGAGGAGGACCUGUGUGGCUAUAUGGACUGGAUCAUGCAGGCUGAGGACAUUGAUGAGUUUAAUGAGGAUGGAAACAGACGUAUGACCCUACGUGACCUGGCUGACAAAAAACGAGGAAAGUUCAGCUGGUUCACCCACUCCAACGAGACUCACGCAAGCCUUCCAGCUAGUGAAACAGCCUCAGAAAACACAGAAAAUAUAGAUGAAGAACACACUGACUGUUGUGCUACUUGCUGCGCUUGGAUAAUGAAAAACCCCUGCUGUCGCACAUUGCGCCGGUGGAACCGUGGCAUUCGGAGAACCUGCCGAAAGGCCGUGAAAUCUGUGACAUUCUAUUGGCUGGUGUUGAUUCUGGUGUUUCUCAACACAGCACUAAGUGCAUCAGAGCACUAUAACCAACCAGACUGGCUCACUGACGUGCAGGAAAUUGCCAACAAGGUGCUACUGUCUCUUUUCACGGUUGAGAUGUUGCUGAAGAUGUACAGUUUGGGAUUGCAGGCCUACUUUGUAGCCUUCUUCAAUCGUUUUGACUGUUUUGUGGUGUGUGGAGGAAUUCUGGAGACUGUGCUGGUGGAGAUGGAGAUCAUGCCACCUCUCGGCAUUUCUGUGCUGCGCUGUGUUCGGUUGCUUAGGAUCUUCAAAGUUACACGCCACUGGACAGCUCUGUCCAAUUUGGUGGCAUCUCUACUCAACUCUAUGAAGUCCAUUGCAUCUCUGUUGCUGCUGCUUUUCCUCUUCCUCAUUAUCUUUGCUCUGCUGGGGAUGCAGCUCUUUGGUGGCAAGUUCAACUUUGAUGAGACACAUACGAAAAGAAGCACCUUUGAUGCUUUUCCGCAGGCCCUUCUCACCUGUUUUCAGAUCCUGACAGGUGAGGACUGGAACAUGGUGAUGUAUGAUGGAAUUAUGGCGUAUGGAGGCCCCGUGUUUCCUGGUAUGAUUGUGUGUCUGUAUUUUGUCAUUCUCUUCAUCUGUGGUAACUAUAUCCUACUGAAUGUCUUCUUGGCUAUCGCUGUGGACAAUUUAGCAGGGGCAGAUGGGGAUGACAAAAAGAAUGAAAAAAAGAACCAGGGAGAGGAGGCUGAGGAAGAAGGAGAGAAUACAGAGGCGAAGAUUGACAUGGAUGAGUAUGAGGAAGAGGAGGAGCAAGAUGAAGGAGAUGAUGAAGAAGGAGAGACUCAGCUGAAUGUGGCUGAUUUUGCUCCUCCGAAAGAAAAAGUGGUGCCAAUUCCAGAAGGCAGUGCUUUCUUCUGCCUCAGCAAGACCAACCCAAUAAGAGUAGGAUGUCAUAUAGUGAUCAAUCAUCACAUCUUCACUAACCUGAUCCUGGUAUUCAUCAUCCUCAGUAGUAUUUCUCUGGCUGCUGAGGACCCUAUCAGAGCACACUCCUUUAGAAAUAAUGUCUUGGGCUAUGCUGAUUAUGCCUUCACCUCCAUAUUCACAAUAGAAAUUCUUCUCAAGAUGACGGUCUAUGGGGCGUUUUUGCAUCAAGGCUCUUUCUGUAGGAACUGGUUUAAUCUCUUGGAUCUCCUGGUUGUCAGUGUGUCUCUGGUUUCCUUCUUCCUACAUUCAAGUGCGAUCUCUGUGGUGAAAAUCCUGAGAGUGCUACGAGUGCUCAGGCCUCUCCGUGCCAUCAACAGAGCCAAAGGUCUAAAGCAUGUGGUCCAGUGUGUGUUCGUGGCUAUACGGACCAUUGGGAAUAUUAUGAUUGUUACUGCUCUGCUUCAGUUCAUGUUUGCAUGCAUCGGUGUUCAACUCUUUAAGGGUAAAUUUUAUCGCUGCACAGAUGAGGCGAAACACACACCUGAGCAGUGCAAAGGCACGUUCGUGAUCUAUAAAGAUGGCGACGUGAAUCACCCUUUAGUACGGCAGCGCAUCUGGCACAACAGCGAUUUUAACUUUGACAAUGUGCUGAUGGGCAUGAUGGCUCUGUUCACUGUGUCCACCUUCGAGGGCUGGCCUGCGCUCCUCUACAAGGCUAUCGAUGCCAACUCGGAGAACCACGGCCCCAUCUACAACUAUCGUGUGGAGACCUCAAUCUUUUUUAUUGUCUACAUAAUCAUCAUCGCCUUCUUCAUGAUGAACAUCUUUGUAGGUUUUGUCAUCAUCACGUUCCGUGAACAGGGAGAGGCUGAGUUUAAGAACUGUGAACUGGACAAGAACCAGAGACAGUGUGUAGAAUAUGCUCUGAAAGCCCAGCCACUGAAGCUGUACAUCCCAAAGAACCCAGUGCAGUAUAGAUUCUGGUCGAUGAUCAACUCCACAGGGUUUGAGUACAUCAUGUUUGUGUUGAUUCUCCUCAACACCGUCACUUUGGCUGUUCAGCAUUAUGAGCAGUCCAAACUCUUCAGCUAUGUCAUGGACAUCCUCAACAUGGUCUUUACAGGCCUCUUCACUGUGGAGAUGAUUGUCAAGUUGUUAGCCCUUCGACUCAAGCACUAUUUUACUGAUGCUUGGAACUCCUUUGAUGCGCUGAUUGUGGUCGGGAGUGUGGUGGACAUUGUGGUGACAGAGUUUAGUAGUUCAGAAGACAGUUCUCGGGUGUCAAUCACGUUCUUCCGUCUGUUCCGUGUAAUGCGAUUGGUUAAGCUGCUUAGCAAAGGGGAGGGCAUUCGCACACUGCUCUGGACCUUUGUUAAAUCGCUCCAGGCCUUGCCUUAUGUAGCGCUACUCAUUGCCAUGAUCUUCUUUAUCUAUGCUGUGAUUGGUAUGCAGACUUUUGGGAAGAUUGCAAUGCAGGCUCACACGCCAAUCAACCGUAAUAACAACUUCCAGACGUUUCCCCAGGCAGUGUUGUUGCUCUUCAGGUGUGCUACAGGUGAGGCAUGGCAGGAAAUUAUGUUGGCCAGUCUUCCAGGGAAGCGCUGUGAUGCAGAUUCAGACUUUGAACCUGGAGAGGAAUUCACUUGUGGCAGCAAUUUUGCCAUCGUUUACUUCAUUAGCUUCUUCAUGCUGUGUGCUUUCUUGAUUAUUAAUUUGUUUGUUGCUGUCAUCAUGGACAAUUUUGACUAUUUGACACGUGAUUGGUCUAUUCUGGGGCCACAUCAUCUUGAUGAGUUCAAAAGGAUUUGGUCAGAGUAUGAUCCAGAAGCCAAGGGUCGCAUAAAACACUUAGAUGUGGUAGCUCUGCUUAGGAGGAUACAGCCUCCUCUGGGAUUUGGAAAACUUUGUCCCCACCGUGUGGCCUGCAAGAGAUUGGUUGCUAUGAACAUGCCCCUGAACUCAGAUGGCACGGUGACCUUCAAUGCCACUCUGUUUGCCCUUGUCAGAACUGCCUUGAAGAUUAAAACUGAGGGUUACCCAGACCAGGAGAAUGUGGAGCUGAGGAUCAUCAUUAAGAAGAUCUGGAAGCGCAUGAAACCCAAAAUUCUGGAUGAGGUUAUUCCUCCUCCUGCUGAGGAGGAGGUGACUGUGGGUAAGUUUUAUGCCACAUUCUUAAUUCAGGACUACUUCAGGAAGUUCCGUAAGAGAAAAGAGAAAGUGGGUAUGGCAGACCCGGACCCCCAAAAGCCAUCAGCUCUACAGGCGGGUCUGCGCACCCUGCAGGACCUUGGGCCAGAGAUUCGUCUGGCCAUGAAUGCAGACCUCGAAGAGGAGGACCUGGAGGAAGAACAAGAAGAGGAUGAGAUUGAAAAUGGCUAUGUUGGAAAUGCUGAGUCCUUAGACCGCCGCUCCUCCGUGGUCUCAACACCGACAGGUUCAUCCGUUGCUGUGUCAGGAGAAGGUUUCUCCAAUGGAGGCCUGAGUCACAGGAAUUCACUAACCAGAACACCAAAUGGCAGCGGUAUCUUAGAGCAGGAGAAAUUUAGAAGAGGAGAAACCAGACGCUCCUCCCUCUAUUUCCAGCAUAAGAAUGGUGUGAUCGACCAGCCAGCAAAGAGAGUUUCAUAUUACAAACAUCCACGGAGAGACUCGAGGGACCACUUCAGCUCUUCUCUGUCACGAAGUAUUGAUGGAGAGGAGGGGUACCCUAGGGAGCAGCUUAUCUACAGAAGGGAAGAAGAUGAUGAGGUCAUGGCACCCAGAGACAGGCAUGGCUACCCGGAUGAAGUCCCCAUGCAUUCUGGCCAUAGAGCUUAUGGGUAUGAUGGACAGCCUGCAUACACUAACCAGGAUGGCAGCAGUUAUGGCGAGGCCAGAAGGUCAGCCAGAAGACGACUCCUGCCUGCAACCCCCACUGGCCGGAAGUCAUCUUUUACUAUCCAGUGUCUGAGAAGACAGGGGAGUAGUGAUGAUCUCCCCAUCCCAGGCACCUACCACCAGAAUUUCCCACCAUGUAGAGCACGCUCACAGGCGUAUGGCAGUUAUGACUCACGCCGCAGCAGCAGCCGUUCUUCCACAGGCUCCACAGCCUCCUGGGCAAACCCCAGCCCCCGCCGCAGUCGUCUUCUUUAUGCCCCCCUCAUACUAGUGGAGGAUGAGAGGUCAGCUGGCACAAGCAGUGUGGGCCUCUGGAAUAAAAAGGCUGAGGAUGGUGCCAGUGUGCCUGUGGCAGGGCGAGUGGGUCAGCCGUUCAGGGCCUACACCACCCUGAGAGUGCCCACACAGCUUAGCCCGCACUACAGCGAGAAGAGAGGCAGUGCUGACAGCCUGGUGGAGGCGGUACUAAUCUCUGAGGGCCUUGGCCUAUACGCUAAGGACCCCAAGUUUGUCGCCUUUGCCAAGCGGGAGAUUGCAGAUGCCUGUCAUAUGACCAUAGAUGAAAUGGAGAGUGCGGCCAGUGACCUGCUGAGUCGGGGCAGCACAGGGAGCUCUGGAGGUGGCUUCAUCAAUCACUCAGACUUGGGAGGGCUUUACAGUGACGAGGAACUUGUCAGGAGCCACGAUGAGGAUGAGCUUGCUGAUGAAAUGACAUGCGUUACCUCCUUCUGA